AUGCUGGGGUCCAGGAGCAUACCAGGGGCCAACAGGACCUACUUCCCCUUCUUCUCGGACUUCAGGGGCCACAAUGUGACGGCCCUGCGUGUUGGCGAGUCGUCCGCCCUGGCCUCCAUCUUUUUGCUGUCCUUGGUGGGAAAUAUCUGGGGCAUCUGGCUGCUGGUGCGGCGGCGGCAGCACCGUCUGUGCGCUGCCAACUGCCUCGUCCUCAACCUCUUCUGCGCUGACCUGCUGUUCAUCACCUCCAUCCCAUUCAUCGCCGUCGUGCGCUGGACGGAGUCCUGGGAGCUGGGCGACGUCGUCUGCCACAUGCUCUUCUACGUGGUGAGCCUCAGCGGCGCCGUCGUCAUCUUCUCCCUCUCGGCCGUCAGCCUAGAACGUGUCGUCAGCAUCGCCCGACUGCGCCACGCUGCGUUCCGCCGCCGCAAGGCGCUGGUCGCCGCUUUUCUCAUCUGGGGCUUUGCCGCCCUCACCACCCUCCCGCUCUGCAUCUUCUUCACCGUGGUGCGGGUCCCUGCCGCCACCGGUGAGGAGGUUCAGAUUUGCACAUUGGUUUGGCCCAGCAUGGCAGGAGAAAUAAUUUGGGAUGUGACCUUUGCCAUUGUUUGCUUUCUAGCACCAGGAGUAGUCAUUGUCAUCAGUUAUUCCAAAAUCUUACAGAUUACAAAAGCAUCAAGAAGGAGUUUAAAUGCUGGUUUAGCCUACUCAAAAAAUCAUCAGAUUCGUGUUUCCCAGCAAGACUACAGACUAUUCCGAGCCCUCAUUUUGUUGAUGAUCUCAUUCUUCAUCAUGUGGAGCCCAAUUAUGAUAACUAUUAUUUUAAUUUUAGUCCAGACCUACAAACAAGAUUUAAAUAUUUUGCCAUCAGCUUUCUUCUGGAUAGUAUUGUUCACUUUUGCCAACUCUGCUGUCAAUCCAAUUUUGUAUAAUGUCGCCCAUUUCAGGCGUAAAUGUGAGGAAAUUCUUCUCUGUUGUACAUGGAUCCCUUUAAGGCAUAGGGCUGGUACAGAAACCACUGCAAAAAGAAGUAACCAUAAACAACCACAUUUGUCUUUCAUCACCAAAUAAUUGUUUAAAGUCUGAGCUGUGCAACACUGUGAGUGUUAAUGUCUACACUAUCUCAGGUUGAAUAGGUCACUAUGUUAUAGUA